CGGAUUCUUCCGGGUGGUAGUUUAUUCCGAGCAGGAAGAUCAUCAGUUGUGAAGAUUGCAAAAUGAAGCUACUAGCGGAAUCGCUGUUGUUGUGCGUGGUCUUUUUUGGUGCCGUUCGGUCGGUUCCUGUGGUGGUGCCGAGCAGCGACGUCAAGUCGGAAGUGUUGAUUCCGGUCGUGCAAGUGCAGCAGCCGCCGGAUGGAGCCCGUGCUAAGCGACAUUUCGGAUUAGGUGGAAUCGGACUUGGCGUGGAACUGGUGGGGGGAGGCUUUGGAGGUGGAUAUGGUGGCGGAUAUGGAGGUGGUCAUGGAGGUGGCUAUGGUGGCGGAUAUGGUAGCGGCUAUGGAGGUGGCUAUGGAGGUGGUUAUGGAGGUGGUUAUGGAGGAGGAUAUGGAGGUGGUUAUGGAGGCGGAUAUGGAGGUGGUUAUGGAGGUGGAUACGGUGGCCCAGUUGGACCGCCUUUUGGAGGAUUUGCACCGUACGGACCUUAUGGAGGAGGUUUCUCGCCAUACGGAGGCGGAGGUGGCUAUGCCGGUGGGUACGAAUAUGGAUAUGGUUCGGGAUAUGGAUUCUACGGGUAA